GCAGCACGCCAGGUCACUCCGUUCCUCGUUCAGCUACUAGCCAUGUUUGCAACGACUCUCUUUUCCGCACGCAGCGCAGCGUUUGCGGUGUCGCGGACACGACUAUGUGCUCAACCAUCGCGAGUUUUCCCUCGUAAUAACUUGGCACGCUGUCUUCAGGGGACACCGUCACAUCCCAUGCGACCUUUUUCCCUUGCUCAGGUCCUUAGGCAAGAGCCCCAAAAUGCCGACCCUGGCACGCCCGAAGGCAGCCUAAGACCGCCAUCAGGAAGCGUAUACAUCGCCAACGUACCUUUCUCGGUGACUGCUCAACAACUUGAAGAAGCAUUUUCACAGUUUGGCAGAGUACGAGCGGUCAUGCUUCUGAACUCAGGGAAGGGAGUUCCCCGUGGGAGUGGAUUUGUCGAGUUCGAGACAGCGGAGGAAGCCACUGCUUUCGUGGAGGCAGAUCAGCAAGAUCCUAUCUUCCUCCUCGACAGAGACCUCUUCGUGACGCAUGCAGACAUUAAAAUAAAUCCCGCUAGAUCCCCGAGCGACACUCUAGUUGCUCAGCAUUUUAGUCCCGGGUCGGAGGACCUCAUUCGACGAAUCUUCUCGGAAUAUGCUGAUUCAUUGGUCAGUGUGCGGAUCCCACCCAGGAGGGAGGUUAACGGCUGUGCUUUCAUCCAGUUCAAAAGCAUCAGCGCAGCCACGGGGGCUCUUCACGCUCUCAAUGCUCAAACGGUUCCCGAAACGGGCAGACUUCUGAGACUGCAAUUUUCUACGAGAAAGCAAGCACGGUCUGAACCAGAACGCCGAGGUCUUGCGAGCAGAUUGUCACAGCGAAUGGGAUCGCAAGGUGAAGGGGCAGGCUUCUAAAGAUACGGCGCCGAGCUGUCUGUUUCCACCCACGCACACCCUAAGCUCCACUCUAUAGAUCAGUUCGUAGCUACCUUAUAUCCGCUAAUUCUUUGAUAUGGGCAUUGGAGGACAAAGGUACCCUCUGCUAGAGAAUUGGUGCAUUUUCGGAGAUUGGGGUGAUCCAGGGUUGUAACUCAAUGCAGUAGUCAUUAACUUCAAAUAAGCUUCUUGGGAGGGCUGCGUCAAGCAUCGAG